ACGUAGAAACUUAGAACAUAUGUAAGCCAGGACUGUAUAAAUACGUAGAAACUUAAAACAUAUGUAAGCCAGGACUGUAAAAAUACGUAGAAACUUAGAACAUAUGUAAGCCAGGACUGUAUAAAUACGUAGAAACUUAGAACAUAUGUAAGCCAGGACUGUAUAAAUACGUAGAAACUUAGAACAUAUGUAAGCCAGGACUGUAUAAAUACGUAGAAACUUAGAACAUAUGUAAGCCAGGACUGUAUAAAUACGUAGAAACUUAAAACAUAUGUAAGCCAGGACUGUAAAAAUACGUAAAAACUUAGAAGCUAUGUGACCAAAUACAUGUCCCAUUGUUUAAAAAUUUGAGAGUACACGAUGCGCUAUAACAUUAUAAUUUACAGCUAUGGUUAACUAUACGCUGCCCCUCUAACAACGAGCGUUCAUGAUUAUAAAAAUAAAAAAGCUGUGAUAUGAUUGCCAAUGAGACAAUUUUCCACUAGAGACCAAGUAAUAUAGAAGUUAACAACUAUAGGUCACCAUACGACCUUCAACAAUGAGCAAAACCGGACCGCAUAGUCAGCUAUAAAAGGCAUUGAAAUGACAACCGUAAACCAAUUCAAACGAGAAACUAACGGCCUUAUGUAUGUACAAAACAAUGAACGUAAACCAAAUAUGAUAAACAGCAACAAACGACAACCACUGAAUUACAGGCUCCUGACUUGGAAUUGGGACAGGCGUAUACCGAAUGUGGCGGGGUUAAACAUGUUUGCGGGCACUUCCCCUCACAUGGGACAAUGGUGUAACAGCACAACAUAUAACCAAACUAUAAAAAUCAGUUAAAAAGGGCUUAACUCAUCAGAUCGGUACAAAGCAGAAAAACAGCCAAACUUACAAACCAAAUAUUUGUAUCUUUGGAAGAAUUAAGUACAGGUUUUAAGUAAUUUGUGGUAACGAAAUCCCUGACUUAGUGAUUUACCAGUAAUACACUGUAAAAGAGGGACGAAAGAUACCAGAGGGACACAUACCUGUCAACUGACCCGGAUCCUGCGGGUGUGACCCGGCCUGAGAUUUUCACAAUUCUGAGGGGUCACCCGGAACACCCGCCGGGUGACCAAAUAACCCGGGAAUCGGGAAUUCGGAAAAUAUCCCGUUUUCACCCGGAUUCCUUAGCCUUCAGACUGAUUAGAUAUAAAGUCAUUUCAAUGAAAUACCGGCAAAUUCGUAAUUCUUCCUGGACAAGAAGUUCAACUAGCAGUGUAAACUCAGCUCAAUUGACCCAUUUCAGUGCAUGGCUUCACUUGACAGCUUUGGUGUCAAACACACUGUUAAUUAACACCAAUUACCGUAGCUUUAGGUCGUAAAUAAUUUGUGUAUUUCAAAGUUGUUUUAAAAACAAUUUGAGUUACUUCCCCUUUUUUGUCAAUUCACAAUAUACUCCUUUAACUUAUGUUUUUUUUUGUAAAAAGAUUAAAUCUAAAAUGAAUUGAAUGCACAAACAUAUCAGAAUAAUACUUUUACUUAUUGUUCUACCUUAGAACAAUUAAAAAAUAAAAAUUUUGAAAAUUACUUUUUUUAUCUAUACCUCCUUUAUUUGUUAAACUUUAUUUUAUUAUACUCUAAUAUCAACAAAUGAUAUGUUUAACUGUUUAAAAGCUGCACAAAUGUAUGUAAAGAAAACACAAAUUGACACAUUGUAUGUCAUGGAAUGAAUAUGAACAGGAAUUAAGGCAAUGAAUGUAACACAAAUCUAUCAAUGACCUCCAGGUGCAAUGAAAUAAUAAUAUGUACAAUAUUAAAUUACUUAACCAUUUGGACAUGUUUUGGAAACUUUGAUAUAAAUUAUAAGAAAAAUGUCCCCUAAAUACUGAAAUUCAGCUCGGAAAAGUUCGUACGCGUUAUGACCUGAGAUUUCAUUCUUCUAUGCAGGUCAUCAUCUGCAUUUUCAUUGUCAUAGGUUGACAGGUAUGGGGACAGUCAAACUCAUAGAUCGAAAACAAACUGACAACGCCAUGGCCAAAAAUAAAAAGACAAACAGACAAAUAAUAGUACAGAUGACACAACAUAGAAAACUAAAGACUAAGCAAAACGAACCCCACCAAAAACUGGGGGUGUAAAAGUCGUGAUUAGAAAUUUAACACUUGUAUUACAUGUUUAGUUAUAAACGUGUUUAUGAUUGUGUUUAAUUUCUAAACAUAUUUCUCAGUAAGCACAUAAAAUGUAAACAUGUCUUGAAUUUAAACACUUUUAAAUGUGUUUUAAAAUGAAAGUGUUUAGGAAUAAAACACUUAUUUCUAAGCUAAACACACUCCUAAACACAUUGUACUGAGACACGUUUAGACCAAAACGUGUAAAAAAAGUGCACAAAAGAUGUGCUUACAAUUGUGUUUAGGAUCUAAACACCUUUUUUACAGUGUACAUAGAUUACGUUCAUUUAAAUCCAAAACGUCACUAUAGAAAUGGGCAUAGCGAACGAGUUGUGAUAUGUAAGAUUGUGCCAAAGGAACAUCAUCAUCAAAAAAAGGAAAAUUAACAAUAAGUAAAGAAAAAUCGUCCCUUUUGUCGUAAAGUUUUGUUGAGAGUUUCCCGUCUAACACUGAAAUAUAUAAAUCUAUGAAAGAACAGUUAUUAUCGUUUAUAUUUGAUUUAUUCAAAAUAGGUUCUUUUAUUGGGUAAAUUUCGGCAGUAUAUUUAGAUAAAUGAAUCAUCCUUGAUUAUUUAACGAAAACAUAUUAUUUAGAUAAACAUAAAUGUUGUUGAAUUUAUCAAUUAAAUGGAAUUCAGACAGGUCUUUACUGCAUGAGUUUCGCCAUGUACUGUGAUUCAUAACAGUACAAGUCUGCUAUUAAUGGGGCGCAAUUGUGCCCAUAGGAAUAUCUACAACCUGUCGAUAUAACGUACACAAAUGUUGUCAAGGAGAAAAUUAACAGCUUCGGCCAUCUCAUCAUACCUUCAGUAAUCAUAUCUAACAUAUUUAACAUUCUCAUUAGAAAAGGCUUUAAAUGAGUUGCAAUAAACAUAUUUGCAAUCAGAUUUAUCAAACAACCAGUUGAUUAAAUAUAAAAAAAAAUUGUUUGAUAAGAUUGUGUGAAAGUGUAGUGUAAAGAGUCAACAAAACUGUCAGCAGAAUCAAAAGGACCACCUAAAGCAUGUAAUUCAUCUAAAACACCCAAAGAUUGUUUUACAUUCCAAAAAUAGUUAAUUCCACUAUUUUCAUAUGUUUUAAUACAAAAGUUAAUGAUAAAUUCUUUGAUAGUAAUUAUAAUGAACUAGUUAAAAGAACUGAAAGAUUAGUAGUAGAACACUUACAUGAGGCCGAGAUGAAACAAUAUUUUACGUUUUGUGUAGUUUAGGUUACCAAUACAUAGUAAGGACCUUCACAUGUUCAUAAAGCUUUUUUCGUGAUCUUCGAAAUUGAAUAUACAGAAGUUUAAUUCGUCGGUUUGCAGUAAUCCCUCUUCUUAUAUGUUUAAAAUUGUACCGCUAUUUCUAUUAAAAUGUAAUAACUAUGACAUCAUGUUUAUAUUAUCUGGAGCCUUAUAUCUUUUUAUAUAUUGUAUGUGUUAACGUUUACCAAUAUAAUAUUUUCACGAUUUAAAGAAGUUGAGUGGAUUAAUUCCGGUCUUGCGCAACAAUAAAACAAGAUAUUAUAUAUAACAACUGGCCGCCUGUAAUGCUUUUUAGACAUGUAUUGUAAUCGGAUUAUAAAAUUAAAAGAUUUAUUAAAUAUUAGUUUGGUUAAGAAUUAAAUUUAAUUUAGUAAUCGAAAUUUUCAAAAUCUUUUGGGAACGAAGCAUUUCUUCAUCCUCUUUCCGGUUUACAUCAAUGAAUUUCGUGUUUUAAAUUAGACCUAGAUGCAUCUAAUUCCCUACUGCUCUUUACUAAUUUUAAAAGAUUUUGUUCAGGAUGAUUUUAUGAAUUUAAAUUACCGUGUUUUGUUUUUGUUCAUUGUAGUAGCAGUUUGUAUAUUUAAAUAAAGAAUGUUGCAUUAUUUAAGAGAUAUACGGCUUUAUCAAGAUCUGGUAUAACUAGUCACCCAUCAUAAACAGAACGCUACGGUCUUACAAAUAUCUUUACAAUGCCGAUAGCCGACAUGUUCCGCUCUAUGGCUCCCAAGACAGACCAUCUUGCCAAUAAUUUUAAAUCUGUUAUUUGUAACUAAUAUAAAUCGUUAAGAGGGAAUUUUCUUAAGAUUAGUUGCCACACAUUUAAUUCAAAAUCAUGCUUAUGAAGUAUUCAUAUAUUUAACGAAUUUUUAGGAAUUCUUUUUAAAAUGUGAAAUUUAAACGAAAAAUAAAAAAAAAAUCAAAUGGGAAGAUCAGUUUUGGAUAUGCACAUUGAAAAUGGAUAUUGUUUGUAGUUUCCGGUUUUGGUUUCAACGAGUUCAUCAGGAUGUAAUUGGGUUUUAACGAAUCAUUAAAUCAUGAGCUGCAACCAAGUCGUUUUAGAACUUGCCCACGAUGUCGGCAACAACGCUCCUAACAAAAUGGCGACUGUUAUUGAAAGGUUGCGAGUUAAAGGAGCCCCGGCUCCCAGAAACACACCAGCGUCGCCACUGUUAUCAAGAUCAAGCAGAGUAAUACCCAGUACCGUUAUUGCUUUAGACAAAUCGUAUGAAAUAGUUUUGAAAAAUUCUAACAAACAACUAAUUGAGGCGGGAAAUACAGUUGCAGUCAGACGACAAGACUUUCUAAGUCGUUUGCAGCAUGCAAAUCAAGGAAUAACAUCAAUGGAUUCGCCUUAUGAGUCCAGUGAGGUCGGCAUUACAGAAGAAAAGCCCAGUUUUGUUCUCUGUGGAAAACCCGUAAAUGGAUUCACUACUAAAACAAUUGAUAAAUAUUUAAAAGAUCAGAGAGUUGGAAAUUAUAAAACGUCUGCCCAUGAAGUAACACGAGUAAAGUUACAAAAUAAAGAAUCAAAAACCAGAAGUGAGCCUAACAGAUCUGCUGGUCUAGAGAAAUCUGUAAAUUUCAAUGACACACUGACAAUACAAGAUACUAGUAGUAUCAAGUCAAAUAAUGGUGCAAACAACCCCCCACCAACGACACCGGCGCCCUCUAUUAUAUCUUUAUCAAAGCGAGGUACAAAUAUGUCGUCAUUUGAACUGACGGGGAAAAACUUCCGAUCAGCAUCCUCAGCUGACUGGAGAGAAAUGAUUGGAUCUUCUGAUCAGAAACGCUCGAGAUUAGACAAGCCAGCAAGAUCAGCUGACAAUCCUUUGAAACAUUAUCUACGGAUUAACAAUAAAGAAAGAGCUCGAAACAAAUUUUCAGAUGACUCCGUCAAAGGUUUUAGCUUGCCAAACUCAUUUUCUACCAAGGGAAUUAAAAAAUUCAAUAAUCCAUAUAGACUUCUCAAAUAUUCAAAACGGCAAAUGCUUCUGCAUCAAAAAGAAACCACGGAUCAAGAGCAUCUACAGAAAAUAACACAUCCGCCGAAAUCUGCACCUCAUUUAAAUGGAAAAAGCAUUGACCUACCAAAAUCCAUUCUGCGAGUGCCCAAUCCUUGUUCGGAAACUUUUUUGCUGCAAAUGAUGCUAGAUUCGAGUACCAUGUCUGGAAGAAAGCACCCAAGUUCUAAAUAUUCAGAUAUUGCCGUACACAAGGAUUUGGAAGAAUUCAUAAUGAUACGUUCACCUUCCUCUCAGAGUAAAGGUAUGUCACAAGGGCCUAAAUCAUCGAAAAGUGCUAAAAGUGUUUUGAAUGGUUUGGAUGAAGAGUCCAUUUGGCCAGGGAACGAUGUCCAAGAGGAAACAUUAGAGAAGUCAUCUGCAAAAACUUGUAGACUAUGAUAUUUAUUAAUUAGAAAUUAAAUUGGAAGUAUGCUUCUUGGCAAAACUAUGUACUCAGACAUUCUUGUAGCCUAAUUGCAUCCAAUCGGCAUCCAAUUCAUAUAACACGUUAUUUUUGUUACGUCACUUCCGUGUAUUACCGCAUGGCACUUCAAUAAUCUGUUUCUGUUCAGGAUCUCAUGGUUUUAGAAAUUAAAUGAUAUUAAAUCCUUUUCUUCAUUUCAUCACGAUAUAGUCCUAAUGUCGUUUUGAAAUUAUAAUAUAGUAUUUAUGCUGUAUUGUAUUUCUUCUUAUUUCUCUUUUUUUUUUAUUCUUUUUUUUUGGAGGUGGGGGGAGGGGCGCCAUGAUUGGUUUUAUUUUCCUUUGUAAAAGUCCAUCGGAUGCACACUUUGCACUGAGUAACGUCAAACAUUGAAGUAUAAUUUUUUUUGACAACAUAAUUCCUCAUGUUCAUUUGAUAUCUGUUAUUUAUUGUUAGAGUUCCUACUUUGGACAUACUACAUAAAUUAUUGUUGGUUUGUAGGAGUGUUGCAGCAUAAGAUUUGAACAGAAAUAAAAAAAAAAACAUCUUUUUUUCAAAAUCUUCAUUUAUCUCCAAGGAUGCUCUUUACAAUCUGUGAAAAUAAAUUUUGAAUUCAUUAUCACGAUUUAAAAUUCGUUAUACACGUUUCUUAUUAAUAGGCUGUAAAGAGUCAAUAUGGACGCUAACCUAACAUCUUUGCCUAAAAUGUUUAUCACAUUUAGUAUUAAGCCAAUGGGGUUUUUUUAAUGGCUGCGUUUUGCAAUCCCCCCCCCUUUUCCCUUUACAGUCAAAGAAACCGUUAGCACUAAUUACUAAUUGUAUUCAUCUGGUACACGUGUUUAAGGAAUGACAUUCUAAUCCGUUGGUACCUCAGAAAUCAUAUAAUAUACUUAGGAUUUGACGAGAAUAUCACAAAACUGAUUAUCAGAUAUUUCCAUGAACUCCAUCUUUAGGAAUUUCAAGCGAUGCUUAAUUUUACAGAUAUGAUGAAUUGAACUAAUUUUUAUAUUGUUAUAAUCUUUCGUUUAACUUAUUGAUUUUCUCCAUGUAAUUAUUUCGUACGAUUUUAUAUGAAAUAAUCAAGUAUUGAAUAGUGAAAUGGAACAAGAUUAAGCUAAAAGGUUCGUUUAAGUAGAAAGUGAAAUGUUAUGCGAUCACGAAACUGUCAGUAGAUUGAUAAAUAAGGUAGAAAUAUAAAACAAAAAAGAAACAAUGGUCGGAAAGACUAUAGCCAGAUUUUGUUUCAACUUAAAACGUGUUUUAGCAAGCUAAUUCUCAGAGUUGUCACAAGUGCAAUUGUAUUUAGAUGUAUCAUUUUCAAGGAAACUAAUGUACUGUCAUAUCGGAAUGAAAUAUUAUCGUAGAAAAACUGUUUAUCAAGAUAUAGUAGUUGAAUUAACCUAAUUUUAUUUUUAUGUGUAUGUAUAACUUAAGGAUGAAUUUCCAUGUAAUUGUUUACUUUAUAAAUUUUUGUCAGAAAAUGUUAUGACCUGCAUGAAAUAAAUACCUGAACACGAAUUAUCAAUCACAAAA